GGUGCCGGUGCCGGUGCCGGUGCCGGGGCUGAGCCGCCGCCGUGGCCCGGCGGGAGCGGCGGCAGCAUGCGGCAGUCCCUGACUCAGCAGCGCCCGGCCGGCGUGGCCCUGCCCGACUCCGUGGGGUCGUUCAAUAGAAGAAAAAGAAAUUCCCUCUACGUAACUGUGACUCUCCUCAUUGUGUCAGUGUUAAUUCUAACGGUGGGCCUAGCUGCUACAACAAGAACCCAAAAUGUGACUGUUGGAGGUUAUUACCCAGGUGUUAUUCUUGGUUUUGGGUCGUUUCUUGGAAUAAUCGGAUCAAACUUGAUAGAAAACAAAAGACAAAUGCUGGUUGCAUCGAUCGUCUUCAUCAGCUUUGGUGUCAUCGCUGCAUUCUGCUGUGCCAUAGUAGACGGCGUCUUUGCUGCCAGACACAUAGAUCUGAGGCCGCUGUACGCGGGGCGAUGUCAGUACUACUCCAAGAGUACGACCCCACCAGAGGCGGUCUGUCACCCACAGCGCCGUGCCCCCUGCACACCGAAAAUAAAAACCAAUACCUGCUUCUGCUGUGACCUGUACAACUGUGGGAACAGAGUAGAGAUUUCUGGAGGGUACUAUGAAUACAUUGAUGUCAGCAGCUGCCAGGACAUCAUCCACCUUUACCACUUGCUCUGGUCGGCAACAAUUCUGAACAUAGUCGGGCUAUUCCUAGGGAUCAUUACAGCAGCAAUACUUGGAGGCUUUAAAGACAUGACUCCUUCCCUCCCCACGCUGAACUGCACUGUGGAAAAUGCACACCCUUCAGUGACCUAUUACUCCAGGCCACAAGUGACAUCUUACAACUCCUACUACCACAGCACUCCUCACCUGCCUCCCUACUCUGCUUAUGACUUUCAGCAUUCCAGUGUGUUUCCAGCCUCCACUCCUUCUGGCCUCUCCGAUGACCCCCAGUCCCUGUCACCAUCUCCCAGCUAUAUGUGGGCCUCUAAUGCGCCGCCACGUUACUCACCGCCCUAUUUCCCACCUUUUGAAAAGCCACCACCUUACACACCAUAAAGAAUGUGGGAAAGAAGAAAAACAAUAUUUGCCAUCGAAAUUAGUGUGAACAUUUUGUAUUUAUAUUUUACUGUGGAAGGGAGCAGGAGAAUACAAAAGAUAAAUGCAAAUAAAAAUAUUAGAUUGGACUGUCCUUUUUUGCGAGACUUAUUUCAGAAGUUUAACAAUAGUCUGUGACAAAGGGGAUAGACUUCUGAUGUUUUAAUGAGUCAGUGAGUAGCAGGUGACCUAAAUUUCAGCCUCUUUGGUUCAUGUAGUCCAUGAUUUUUAAUCAAGUGAUUCAACACAGAUGACAGAUUCUGGUCUGCCUUACUCCAUCUUGUGCCAAGCUGAAGUAAGAGUAGCCAAGAUCAAUAGUUGCUCAAGAUUAUCAAUCUGUUUGAGGUGAGGGUGCUUGCAGACUGCAUGACUUGACACUGGUUUUGUUUGGCCUUUGGGCUCCAGUUGCUGGGAUGUUGGGUGGGGGAACACAGGAUCUAGCUCACAUCACUUGUUGGUGCAACAUGCUGGAAGAAUUUUGGGGGGAACUGUGACAAUGCCUCAAAAUGUAAACCUAUUGAAAAGGAUAACAUCAUAGGAUAGCCUCAUGUAUGUGUAGCAAAAUAAUCAGAAUAUUGCUGGCGGGGGGCAAGCUGUUUUUAUUUCAGGAUGUUUCUUAAGAUAAAAGAGGAAAAAAAGUUGUCUCACUCUGAAUUCUGUGUAAGUAAUGCUGAAGUCAAACAGUUUGGGUGGUUGCACUGCCUAAAUUUUCCUUGCAUUCCUAUAAAAAACAUCAGGAACCAUCUACAAGUCACUGAAACAGUGCAGUGAAAAUGUUAUUUAUUUGUUUGUUUGUUUGUUUACCUUUUAUGUGGUUGGGGAUCGUACUUUUAACUUUUUUAAUGGACUGAAUCAGCACCUUGAAUAAACACUGGUUUAGUAGCUGUAUUAUGGGCUGCACAUAAGGAAUAUCUACUACUAGUCCUCCAAGAUGUAAGUCUCACACAGAUGAAAUUCAACACCCUGUAAUAUAGGAUGAAACUGAGGAAUUUGCAAUUACUGUUGUGACUUUCAUUUAAUCUUCAGCUGAUGACUGUGCUGAUUGAUCUAGAUUCCAGCAGAUUUUGCAUGCAUCCUGCAUAACAAGAGGUCAGCUUUGAUGUAUGACACACUGACCUCUAAAGUGUGGUUUUACUCCAGGAAGUGAUUUCAGAUGACAGUGUUCAGAUCUGAGCUGCUCCACCUGAGCAUUUUCAACUGCUUACUUCAAGGAUGAAAACAACUUUAACACUUUACUCCUUAUUUCCCAAAGAUAUAGCUUCCUUGGCAUUGGUUUGUUGACCCUAAUUCUCAGUUGCCUUCCUUACCUUGUAACUGAUGCAGACUAAGAGGUACCUAAAAGGUAAAUCUGGUCAAUUUACCUAAAAGGUGAAUUUUGAUUCUUUCAUAAUCCAAACUGAAUACAUGCCUGUGGGUUGGGGGGAAAUCCAGCUGGAUUUUAAACUGUGGCACUUACUUUGAUUCUAUUAAAUAAAAAUUAAAAUGCUGUCCACAUGGAAAACAAACACUGAAGUCUCUGAUCUCACUUUUCAAAGUACACCCACACUUCAUAAUGCUGUUUUUUAAUCCUAUGCAUUUGCAAAGCCUUUAGGCUAGACUAUAUAUUAAAUUUAUCAUUUCCACUGUCAAAUACUAAUCAGUAUAUUAGUUCAUUGAAGGAUGACACUAUCCAGAAGCAAGUGAGACUUUUCUCCAGUAAGAAGGGAAAAUAAACAGCUGGAGAAAGGAAUGCAGCUCACAGAAUUUAAAGCAGUAGUGUAUGUAGAACAUAUCUUGGUGGCAUUUUGUUUUACUAUAGAAUGUUGAAGCGCAGCUCCUAUAAAUGUGUGUACUGGAAAUAAAAAAAAAAACUGGGGAAUCCUCCAUUUUAUAUUACAUUUUAUUGAAUUACAUCUUGAUAAGGAGAUCAUGGGCAAUUUCAAAACAGACAGCACUUCUCUUGAUAAAACUCCCCACACAACUAGAAUCAGAAGGGCACAUUAAUUUAGUAGCAGAAAACAUUUUAUUGUUUUUUUCUCUGAAAUAAAAGCUAACAGUCCUGUCCCACUUCUGACAAACACUGCACCAUUUGUGCCUGUCAACUAAAUAGGGCUAGAAGGACUAGGGGACACCACAGGAUCGGACUGAACAUCCUGAAGAGAAUAUAAUUUAGUGGUAGAGAAACAAUUAGAUGAAUUGUGUCAUUGGUUUUCAAUUGAAAAAUACUAUCCUUUAGAAAUUAUCCAAAUUCUCUUUUUUUUUUUCCUAAGGAAUAUUUUAGGAAAAAUUACAUUGCUGCUUUAAAUUCACUAUAAAAGGACAAGUACAUUCUCACAUUUAAAAACUUACUGGUGAUAUUUUCUGUUGAAUUACCUGUUUCGUUCUGCUUGAGUGCAACUAAGCAUUUAAUGUAACUGCAGCAUUCUACACUGUAUUUGUCAUUUCUUAUGAGAAUGUCAAGUUUGUGACUCAUAUGUACCCUUUUAUUACUUUGCCAAAGUUAAAUAAAAUUGUGUGACUUUUGUAAA